AUGCCUGUGUGGAGUGCCCUGCAGGAGUCAUUAAAUCAAAACUUCAUGCUGAUCAUCACCCACCGAGAAGUCCAGCGGGAGUACAACCUGAACUUCUCAGGAAGCAGUACCAUUCAAGAGGUAAAAAGAAAUGUAUAUGACCUUACAAGUAUACCCGUUCGACAUCAGUUAUGGGAGGGUUGGCCAGCCUCUGCCACAGAUGACUCAAUGUGUCUUGCUGAAUCAGGGUUGUCUUAUCCCUGCCAUCGACUUACUGUGGGAAGAAGAUCUUCACCUUCACAGACCCGGGAGCAAUCAGAAGAGCAAAGCACCGAUGUUCAUAUGGUUAGUGAUAGCGAUGGAGAUGACUUCGAAGAUGCUACAGAAUUUGGGGUGGAUGAUGGAGAAGUAUUCAGCAUGGCGUCCUCUGCCCUGAGAAAAUCUCCAAUGAUGCCAGAAAACGCAGAAAAUGAAGGAGAUGCCUUAUUACAAUUUACAGCAGAGUUUUCUUCAAGAUAUGGUGACUGCCAUCCUGUAUUUUUUAUUGGCUCAUUAGAAGCUGCUUUUCAAGAGGCCUUCUAUGUGAAAGCCCGAGAUAGAAAGCUUCUUGCUAUCUACCUCCACCACGAUGAAAGUGUACUAACCAACGUGUUCUGCUCACAAAUGCUUUGUGCUGAAUCCAUUGUUUCUUAUCUGAGUCAAAAUUUUAUAACCUGGGCUUGGGAUCUGACAAAGGACGCCAACAGAGCAAGGUUUCUGACAAUGUGCAAUAGACAUUUCGGCAGUGUUGUUGCACAAACCAUUCGGACUCAGAAAACAGAUCAGUUUCCACUUUUCCUGAUAAUUAUGGGAAAACGAUCAUCUAAUGAAGUGUUAAAUGUGAUACAAGGUAACACAUCAGUGGAUGAGUUAAUGAUGAGACUUAUGGCAGCAAUGGAGAUCUUCUCAGCCCAACAACAAGAAGAUAUAAAGGAUGAGGAUGAACGUGAAGCCAGAGAAAAUGUGAAAAGAGAACAAGAUGAGGCCUAUCGCCUUUCACUUGAAGCUGACAGAGCAAAGAGGGAAGCUCAUGAGAGAGAGAUGGCAGAACAGUUUCGCUUGGAGCAGAUUCGAAAAGAACAAGAAGAGGAACGUGAGGCCAUUCGACUCUCCUUAGAGCAAGCUCUGCCUCCAGAGCCAAAGGAAGAAAAUGCUGAGCCUGUGAGCAAACUACGGAUCCGGACCCCCAGUGGCGAGUUCCUAGAGCGGCGUUUCCUAGCCAGCAAUAAGCUCCAGAUUGUUUUUGAUUUUGUGGCUUCCAAAGGAUUUCCAUGGGAUGAGUUCAAGUUACUGAGCACCUUUCCUCGGAGAGAUGUAACUCAGCUGGACCCCAAUAAAUCUUUAUUGGAGGUAAAGUUGUUUCCUCAAGAAACCCUUUUUCUUGAAGCAAAAGAGUAAACACGGCUCGGCGGUGGAACCAGCCAUUCCUUGACAAGCCACUGGCCCUCGUCAAGAGAUGGGCUCAUCGCCACCCACCCACAUGCUCGUCUCACUCAGUUCAGUGUCACACUUCUGCCUCUUGCAAGAUUGCUGGAAAAAAAAAAAAGUAAUAAUAAACAUAGCUACUUAAAAUUUCCCAUCCAUGAGUAUAUGUUCCCAACCCUCAUGAUGAAGAAUUACAAUUCUGCCACCCACCCCUCCCCUGCACUUUGCCCUGUUCAAUGACUAGUGCACUGUUGGUGUGUGAGUGAUCACUAGUAAGAGUUUUUAACUUCUCUAGUGCCCAGUGUCCUAUGACAGUUCUUUCUGUCUUGUGACACCAGGAUGCUGUGUAUUUGAUAUGUCUCAUUGAGCCAGGGCUUACACCUCUGCCUUUUUAUUUUCAUGACUGGAUCUCUACUUUGUCACCUAAUUUUAAGAGGCAGAGGAAAAAAAGUCAAAUGGGACAUUCUUGGCAUGGAGAUUAAACAUUGUCAUAGGAGGAAAAAGAAGCAUAUCAGUUUUGUUGGUACUUUCUAUCUUUAUUACUAAGAUGUAAGAUUUUGUUUGAACUAUUUUGACAUAUAUGCAAGGUAUUUAUUUAAUACUGCUGCCUUGGAUCUCCAACCUCCAUCUAGGAGGUAUUUACUAUUCCACUGAAACAUGGGGAAGUGUUCAAGUGCAUACUGUGAAUGCUGAGCUAGUGUAAAGCGGGUAAUGUGAAGGCUUUGGUAUCUGACCCCGCUGUGAGAAGCUGCUGUUAGGUCUGUGUUGAGUCAGUCAGAACCCCACAGACACCAGCUUCCAAGGUGCUGAGCCUUCAUAUUGUACUGAAUACAAUUCUCCCUUUUUGUUUUGUCCCUCCUUCACACAUUUGGGCUUUGAAACUUGGUAUUUUAAGCACCAUGGCUACAAUCAAAAUCUCAUUCUAGGAGAUGCCAUUGCGCAUUUGGGUUCACUUCAUGAUUAACGAUGUCAUGGGGCGUUUCCUAGAAUAAGUAACUUGCUCUACUUUUAAUAUUAGAAGGGAUCUCAUUCUUUCGCUGAAAAUUCAGAUUUCAUGUACUUAAGAGAAAAUUUGAGGGCUUAGUCUAAAAGACAUGUGAUACCUGUAUUCAAUAAUUUGAGGUUUGAUUUAGUAGAUUUGAAUUUUGUAAUCUGUGGACUUGGAGUUUGCAGUAGUAGUUCAUAAGAACUAUCUUUAUACCUUCAUAGCCAGUGAUUUCCUUUUAGUCUUGAAAUGUUUUCAUAGGUCUUUAUCUAGGAGUUGAGAAUAUUUUCUAAAUAUAAGUGCUAGGUUUGCUCCCCUGGCCCCAGCAAGAUGUUGUUAGAAAACUCUUAAUGAAAGCUGGAAAUAUGUUUGGUCAUUUCUCUCUACCCAAAAGUGGAUGGUAGCCAGGAAAAUUCCAUCUGUUUUUCCUUUCAUGUUCUACCCGGGACCUCCCCCUGAAACUCUCUUAAAAGAAAUUGUUCCUAAAAGACUUGUGCUUCAUUUGCUUACAUGAGGGCUUUCUCUGGCCCCACAAGUCUCUCUAGGGAGGCUGAAAGGAAGACCUACCAUGAGGGGAGCUCUCCAUAGCCCUUCCUCUCUAGCUCUACUUCCUUUCUAACUGGCUGCACAAGAGAGUCAUUUCCAGGACAUUAAGGCUCCAGGUAGACAUUGCCCCUAUAGGUGCUAUGGAAAAGACAGGGCACUGAACUCAGGCUAUAUUCAGAAACAACACUGAGAUUGUGGGUAGGGGGUUGAGAGAGGGGUCUCUGAAUUCACUUUCAUGUUUAACCUGUUCCAUCUGAUUUGGGUUUGGCUUCAUUAUAUGGUUCCCUCCCACGCCAUUCACUUCUGUAUACCAACAAUAUAGACUUCACUCUGAAACCAUUUUCAUAAAAGCUAUUAAAUGUUACUUGAA